CUUUUGAAUUUGCACACCGCGGGCACGAGAUCGUCAACUCAAUUGAAACCUCAUCCUGGGGAGAGCGUUUCAUCUCGUCAAACGUAAAACAUCACCCCGGGCACCCGGCAGACGAGUUGACAGGGCACAUCAUGUCGUCAUCGACGUCGUUACCGCUACUGACACCGCCAUCACAUCAUCAUCAACAUCAACAUCAUCAACAUCAGGAUGCGUUGUCGCUCGACCAACACCAUGAUCAGACUCCGGAAGACGACGAUAUGGACCCGGUCGGGGUUGAGGAUCAUGACGUCUUGUUACAGACACUGCAACAUUUCGACAAACCUUCGUAUGACCAUCACAACCACGUCCACGCCCACGUACACGAGCACGAACACGAAGAAGAUGCACCUAUGCACGCCCACCCCGAUCACACCGCACAGGACGAUGACGACCACCCGGAGGAGAUCUAUACGUACGAGACGUUGACGGACGCGGUGGAUGCGUUGAGGAAACAGGGCGUCUCUGUCGAUGUCGAGGCGGAUGGGAAUGAGGAGGAGACUCGGGUGGAUGGGUAUCAGCAAGACCAUGACCACGACCAGGAUCAGGAUCAUCGUCAACACGAUGUAGACCCGGAUCUGGAGCGAGAUCUCCAAAGCGGCAACGAUAUUGGUGUCAAUGAGCAACACGAUGGAGACGAUCGUGAUGACGGAGAGGAAAACGGUGAUAUCGACAUCAACAUCGACGCUCAAUUCGGCCGCGAAGAGACCUCCUCGGAACUGUCUCCCACUCCCGGUUCACACGUUGACAUGGACGACGAUCACGCCCAGACCUCUGGCUCGAACGCGAAUCCCGCGACGAACAAACGGAAUUCGAGAUCGAACGCCAACUCUAAAUCCAACUCCAAGUCCGCCUCCACCUCCGUAUCUGCCUCUGGCUCAUCGAAAAGCAAAUCCAAGGAUUUCGACCCAGACGACAAACCCGUCAAGAAGAAGCACCCCCGUCCUGGCCGUCCGCGCAACCCGAACCCGCCUCUUGGGGCACACCAAGUCCCCUCGAACUUGACCCCUGUGAGCUUGUUGAACAACCAGGGAAUGAGGGCAAAGGAGGCUUUGGGGGAUCAUUCGGGGAGUGCCGGGAGGGAGGUCUUGAAUCUGGCUUUUGGCUCGAGUGGAGGGUUCGGAGUGGGGGAUGGUGCUGGGAGGUCAUCGAAUACCGCCUUGGGCACCAACAAUAAUGGCAAUGACGACAACGACAACGAUGACGUCGAAGGUGUCAGGUCUGGUGAGGAGGCCGUGUCAGGCUCGAGCUUGCAAGAAUCGUUAGGCUUGAGGGAGACGUGUUGGGAGGAAGACAAGGAUGGGAAGGUGUUGAGCGAUGAGGGGAAGAAGAGGGUCGAAGAGAUCGUUAGGGGGAUCGCUGGGCAGCUCGCCCGUCUUCACGCGGCUACGAAUCUCAAUUACCUCCUCCUCACUUCGCCUCCCUUCCCACCGCCACCGACAUUCCCCACGCUCUCCUUCUCUCCGCCUUCAGAAAACUUUUGGACCUCACUCCGAGGAACCCCAGCUCACAAUCUCUCAAAGUUCCUCUCCCUCUCUCACCCCUCGCUGACGACACGCCGGAUGGCAAUCCCUACGGGAGCCAGGUCGUUGGAUAUCAAAUCCAGGCUCAACGGCCGGAUGAGAGAGAUGGUCAGGACCGUCAGUGGGUUGGGGGAGGCGGAGAUGAAGUGGACGAGGCCGGAAAGCAUGGUACAGGCUUAUGGUGUCAAGGUGGUCGGUUGGCCAUUGGAAGAGACGGGGGAAGAAGGUAAAGGGGCUGUACCUUUAAGGAAUCCGAGUAACAACUCCGCACAACAAAAUCGGUACCUCCUCGAACUGGUUGAGGACGGAACGCUCCGGAUCGAGAAGGCUACGAGGGAGGACAAGGAGGCGUUUGCCGAAUCGUUUGCGGCGACUGCAGCUGGUGGUACGAGUCAGGCGGGCGAAGGGUCCGCUCAAGGUCAAGGUCCCGAAGAUGGCGAGUCGGCUGUGGCAGACGGUGAGGAAGGGGCUGCAGUGCAGGUCAAGAAGAAAAGAGGCGGAGGCAAGAAGCCUGCAGGACAAGCCGCCAAAAAGGGCAAGGGGAAACGAAGCUCGAAAGCGCAGCGAGAAGAGCAGACGCCUAUAGUCGAGUUUGAUCCGACUGCAGGAGGAUAUCCUCAAGUCGAGCAACUAGGUUCGGGCGAGAUCGGGACACCUCUGGGUGCAGAAGGUCCCGGAGGUGAAAUGCAGGUAGAUGUAGAGACGACGUUACAGGACGGACUGGAUCGAGAGCUCGAAGUGGCGCGCCAGGCGGCGAGCGGGUUGGGAGCGACUGGGUACGAGUUGGUCUUGCCACAGGAGACGACCUUGAUGGCAGCAGCAGCAGCGGCAGCCGAGGCGGAAGCUGCAAACGCGUCGUCGUCAUCGUCCACCCAGAACCCAGUCACCUCGAAGCGCCUUCGACCGUUGGCUCUCAACCCGGACAAGGACGGCUUGCCUCGCCCCCGACCGAAGUCUUUCUUGGUGCUGGGUCCUGACGGAUCGAUCGUGCCGACCAGUCAGAGACAGCUCAGGGCCGAGGCGAAGCGAAAGGGCGAGCUGAUCGACGGUGGAUCGAGUGGCAGGAAACGACGCAAAAUACAGCCCGUCGAGCAAGAGGACGCGGUUGGAGUGGCGAACGACAACGAGGACGAGGUGAUUCUACAACUAGCGGAUGCGAGUACCGAUGCCGCUGCUGUCGAUGUACAACAAAACGGAGAAUCGGCGGCCAACAUGUUCCUACAGGAUACCGAGGACGCUAGCGAGUCGAUCGAGGUCGGUGAUCAGGAUUCCGCCAUGGUGCUCGCUAUGAUGGGCGAUUCGGCGCAGAUGAUGCGGCUGAUGCAGCAACAGGCCGCCGUCGCCUCUUCUUCGACUUCGUCACCUCGACAGCUACAGCAGCAGCAGCAAUCGGGCGGGAUGGGUACGUACGGCCCGCCCCCCGGGACUACACACGGUCAACAUGCGCAAAUGUUGCUGCAGCAACAGCUCCGUCAUCAGCGAGGAGAAGACACGCCAAACAGGACGGCCGAUGAGCAGAUCAUGGAACUCUAUCAGGUCACGGGUCCCGACUUUAGUCAAGCGAUCUCGAGGGCAGGGUCGGUCUCGACGGGCGGGUUGCGAACCGGUUCCGCAUCGGGCGGUAGUCCAUAUGACCUCGAGCGAGGGGUGGGAACGGACGCGCGAAGACAACUCGUCGCAGCGCUGGGUCGAAAUGGUGACCCCACCAGUUCAGGUCGGGAGGAGCAGGAUCCUCAGCACUUGUUCAAUAAUUUCCAGAUGCUUAACCCUUACAUCUCGGCUGCACAAGACUUGGCGUACAGGCCAAACUCUGGGGAUGGGCAACAUAGCGAUGGGAACCACUUUGAUACUACGGACGACAUGGUCGUGACUGGUGGACGCGAGCACGAGGGUGACGACGCCGAGAUUGAUGUCGAGGGCGAAAUGGACGCGAUCGGCCAGUUUGCGCAGCACGUCGGAGGUAACGAGCGGGACGACGGUACCACCGGCAUUUAAUUAGGGGCAGGGUAUGCGAAUUAGUGCCUUGACCCUCUAUACCACGACCCGUAACGAAAGGUCU